AAAUAUCUCCCUCACCUUAAAGCUUUCUUCUUGUUGGAGCUAUCAAUAUAGCGAUCAAUACAGUGAAGAUGGAAGGCAAAAUACACCUUUGCGAGGAAAUCACUGGCCACUCCAUUAUUAGUGGCAAGCUCAGUUUUGCUGAAGCAUUGAACAUGACAGGCGAGAUGGUUCGCUUCGAGCAAAAACUGAUACAGUUGCCUAAGAACGAUCGCUUGGCUGUGUAUGGUGAUACCGUGGCACAAGAACAUUUAUGUAGACAAUGGCUAGGAACGCAUUUGACAAAAGGGCAGUGGACGAACAUUCGGAACGAAAUUCUGACAAAUGAGAAUCUCACUCGUGUUGGAUUCCAGAAUGGUUUAGACCGUUGUCUGACAUUAAACCGUGGAUUAAGCACAGUAUCGCCAAGGAUGAUGGCAACAGCUGUCGAGGCAAUAUUAGGCGCUGUUCAUCGAGACGGCGGAGACACGGCUCUUGCUACGGUCAUGGAUAGGCUUGGUCUUAGGUCUGAUUUAUUGACGUCAAACAUUCAGGAUCCCCCACAUUAAUAAUUUUCCUUUCCAAGGGGACAUCGAUUAUUACCUUCAGAAUAAUCUUAGUUCUUACUAUGCUGGGUUUGGCUUGGUAUUGAAUUCUAGUCCGACGCAAUACUAAUAAGCUACCAGGAUAGCACAUUAAUUGAAUCUCUU